AUGGCGCCCCCUCCACCAGAAGUGGUCCACACCAUUGACCGGACGCCCGAGUAUGAGGAGUUCAUCAACCGCCUGCGCGAAUACCACAUCAAGCGCGGCACGCCCUUUGACCCCGAGCCAAGGGUUGGCGCGAUGCACCUGGACCUGCUCAAGGUCUUCAACCACAUCAUCGCUAAUGGCGGCUAUGACAAGGUGUCGGAGGAGAAGCUGGCCUGGCGCCGCAUGGCCUCAGAGCUAGGCAUCUACUCCAACAAUGAGGCGUCGACCGCCUUCUCGCUCAAGGAAAAGUUCUACAAGAACCUAGCUGCGUUCGAGAUCAGCACCAUCCACGGCAAGGAGCCCCCGCCCCGCGAUAUUCUCGAGGACGUCACGGCCAAGGGUGCCGGGCUUUUGACACGCACGCGCGAUAACUUUAGAGGCAAGCGCGAGAGCAACAUUGGUACCAGCGCCGCCGACUCGGCCGCUUCGGGCGACGACGGCACCCCCGUUCGCGAGAAGCCUGUUGUCGAUGCCGCCGCGAGCGCCAGAGCGUCGCGUGGACUGCGCGAGGCCCCCCCCCAGAGGGUCAUCUUCCAACCUGAUACCGGCCCAUCGCGUACGAGGGCCGCCCCAACCCAACAUACGACGGCGAGCCAUGCCAACUCGCCCGCUGUCAACCAUCCUACGCCCACGCCUCACCCCCACGUCGGCAUGCCCCCCGCUGUCCAGCAGCAUGGUCAUCAUCAUGCCAACCGGGGGCCCUCGGUCAUGCAUCAGCCCCCCAAUGACAACACCUCGUACCAAGUGACAUCGUAUCAGCCGAGGCUGCUUAAGCCGCUGCCGUUGCGAGCUGUUCCUACGCCGACCAACGCGCCUAAUGAGUUUGCGCAGAAGUCGCGUCCACAGAAGCAGAUUGCAGAGGUGGCCCGCAAGCCCAUGAUCCCCGGCACCGGAUAUGAAGGCCCCAACAUCUACACCCGUUGCCUGAAUGCGCUUCGAUCGAGUAUAGUCGCGGAACAGACGUUUGCGCUGAACCACCUCGUUAAGAUUUCGUUCGAGCGGGGUGAUAAGUACAGGUUUGACUCAUUCCCAGGACUUGCCGAGGGCCUCGUCGACAAGGCUCUGCAGGUGGGCAGCAUCUUCUACUACAUCAACUGGCGUGUCUCAUGGGAUGGCAACUACGACGCGUCCGACAUUGGCGUGUUGGAUGGAAACAACGGAACGCCCGACAUCCUGGAGAGGAUCGAUAGCCUUAUUGAGAAGGAUACGCCAGAUGUGCUUCAGACAGAAAAGUACGCCGACGAGCUCGUGCUGAUCACCGAGGCGGCUCUGACGAUACGCAACAUGAUGACGCUGUUCGAGAACGCGGCCAGCAUGGCCGACUUUUACCCUCUCAAGGACCUCAUCUGUAUCAUUCUACACCUCCCGGUCAGGGACUCGCUCACAGAACUAAAACAUCUGGCGCUGGACACUGCCGAGCAGCUCACCCCGUUCCUAGUCCUCAACGCCGACGACCCCCUAUACAAGACUCUUCUGGCUCAGAUGACGUCGGAGGAUCGCGGCACGAUCCUAGCAGCUCUUCGGGCUCUGGGCCGGAUAUCCAUCAAUCUUGACGCUACCAAUAGGCUCGGCGAUGUGCCCCAACCGAUCCUGGAGCGGGUGUCCAACUGGCUCCUGCUAAACGACGACGAGCUCACGGACGCGUGCCUAGACUUCCUAUACCAGUACACGGCGGUAGUGCCCAACGUAGACGCCCUAGUGCGGUCGACGGUGCCGCACGCGCUGGUGGAGCACCUGGUGCGGCUGCUGUCGCACGGGGGCCGCAAGGUGAAGGAGGAGAUUACCAUCAUGCCCGAGCGGAAGAUGCCGGCACGCGGCGAGAUUGCCCCGAUGCCCGAGGAUCUACUCCAGGAGAUGCUGAAACUGGAGGAGCCGGACCGGGUUCACCGAUGGGUCAAGUGCUUCUUCGAGGAGGACAGCGACUCAUUCGUGACGCAGCUGGCCGCGUGGCAGGCGUACCAGACGGCGUUUGUCGGGCCGCUCAAGACUAUCGGGCAGGCGCUCAUCACGCCGGCCGAUUUUAUCCACAACAGUACGUCGGUGUACAAGGACUCGAAGACGCAGGUUCUCCGGGAGCCGGGGGACCCUCAGCCGAAGUUCAUCAUCCACGGGCUGCGGCCGCGGCCGCGCCCCUUCAGCCUGGACGGGCGCGAGUACGGGCGAUGCUUGUGGGCGAGUAACCCGGAGCGUCGACGCGAAAAGUGCGGGCAAUUCUUCCUGCAGGUGGAGCAGAUGUGGAACCACAUAAUGGAGGUGCACCUGGACCGCAAGCGGAACUCGGCCGGGCAGCUGGACAAUGUCGAGCUCGAGUGCAGGUGCACGUGGGGUGAAUGCAGCAAGUAUGAGAAGCCGACGGGUCUGCGCCUCGAGGACUUUGCGCGGCACAUCUCGACCCACGUGUCCGCCAUGCUUCCCGGCAGAGACGGCAGCAACCCGAACGGUUUCGACGGCAACUGGACCAGAAAGGCGUGGAUCAUGCCGGCCGUCACCAUGGCGGUCACCACAGAGGAGACCCUCACGGUGCGGGACGAGCGGAACCCUAACCUACCACCGCAAGCGGCGGGCAUCCCCCUCAGCGCGGCGCUCAUCCUGCGCAAUAUCGCGCGGAACGUGGUCAAGACGGACGCGGAGGAGGAGCUCAGCAAGUCGCAAAAGGCGACGGCGCUGGAGGCGACGGCCGAGGAUGUCGCGCAGCAGCGUCGGGGGCAGGAGCAGGAGCAGGGUGGAUGGAACGAGGCUUUGUUUCGACCGAUGAUGGGUCGUUUCUUUGAGAUAAUGACGGAAAACAAGGCAUUGAACUCAUCCGCAUAG